AUGGCGCUGCUGGACGACGGCGCCGCUCGCCUGCCCCUGGAGGCUUGCCGCGAUUCCGCUUCGGACUCGGAUACAGAGGACCCCGACGCCCAGGUCGGGGCGUUUGACGGCCCCCGAUACCGGCCUUGGGCGACAACUGCGGCCGUCCGCGCACCGCCCGACAGUCGCCCGCGCGCCGACCGCAACACGUCGGCACCAUGCGACUUGGUGAAGCGAGAGUGUGCGCCUCAAGCCGGCGUCCCGGAUGAAGACGCGAGGGACCCAUGGCGCUCGCGCCGGACGCCCAAUGGCCCGCUGCCACCCGCUGCCCGGGGACCGCGUGUCGACCGCGGACACUUCACCAGCGACCGGUGGUUCCCAGCGGAUGCACCGGCACCCGAGGUCGACCAGAAUACGAUCCAAGAGAUCAUUAAGGCUCACGGGGUCAGCUUUAACCACGCCCGGGGACUCCCGUGCAAGCGCAUGGUGCAAGACCACUACUGUCGGUACCUGCAUACUGACGACCCCCUUUCCCUUCGGGGCCUACCCGCGCCCACCGUCUUCCAGACCCCUCACCGCCGUGGAGGACUUCGACGAGAACCUCCUGUACGCGGUAGAGGCCUUCGCUGGGUGGGCUACUCUGGACGCCGCGGCAAUGGAGGAGGCACCGGAGGCCCUUUCCUGAGGGGCUUCUGCGCCGUGAAAUGGCGCGCUGAGGAGCCGAGGGAGCAAGGCACCGCGUCGAAGAUCAAGCUCGUGAACCGUGCCACGGGGCCCAAGACUGCCGUACAAGAUGUGCAAGUGGCCACGGCGUCCGCCCCUAUCUGCGACGACCUGGAGCGGACGUUACUCCUCAGGGAACCCCCGCCAAUGCCGCUCACGCUUGCCCCGCCGCCCACAACGGCAUACACGCCGCCAGCCACAGUCAACGAGCCGGGCAUCCGCGUGAGCAACGCCAACACCGGGCACAACUUCUUCACGCUACUCGAUUUGCCCUCGGGGUACCACCAGCUUUCGAUCAAGGAAGCCGAUUGCCACAAGACGGCCUUCAGAAACGUUCGGGGGCGGCUGUACGGGUUCAUGCGUUGCGGCUUCGACCUCACGACGAUCCUCGCCGUUUUCUCGGCCCAGCUGGGCGACACCCGUCGCCCGGUGGAAGUUCGGCCUUCGAGUGCCAGGGGCGCUCCGCCGGCACCACAGCUCAAAAAAUGGGUCGGGGCAGCCGGGGGGCCAGGUCGCUCCGAACGUCCUCGUCGCUCUGGAGGCGGGCGGAAGGUGUCGUCAGGGAAGGAUAUGUCGACGGGCGCCUCUGGUGCUCCAACGAGGGCGGCGUCAAACGUUGGCUGGGCGACAUUCUUUUGCACCGUAGAGGAGCACCUUUUCCUCAUCGAGGAGGUUUUAGACCUCCUCCACGAGGCGGGGUACUCGGUGCACUUCAAGAAGUGCACGUUUUACUUGUCGGAGGUGGAAUUCCUGGGAGCCGUGGUCGGCAGAUCGGGCGUGCGGCCGGCGCCAUCCAAGAUCAAGGCCGUGCAGGAAAUGGUGAUGCCGGCGACGGACGGGGAGGUGCGAUCGUUCCUCGGCCUCGCCGGCUACCUCCGGGCGGUCCUACCGGACUUCCGUGCCCUGCCGGAACUCAUCACCGAUCUCCUGCGGGACAAGACGUUCAGCUCGAAGCGAGCGCGCUAUCGUCGCGUACCGUGGGGCCCCGCGCAGACCGAAGCAUUCCAGGCCAUCAUCAAAGCUGUCGAGAACUGUGAGGCCCCACUAGGCUACACCAGCCACCGUUUCACACGAACGGAGGAGGGGCUCUCUCCCAACGACCACGAGGUUCUCGGGGUGCUCUACGGCAUCGAGCAGUUCUGCACGUACAUGCAGCACCGGCGCUUCACCCUCGUCACUGACUGCGCCGCCCUGACCCGGCUGUUCACCAGCCAGAACCUGUCUUCCAAAAUGUGCAGGUGGGCGCUGCGGUUGAUGGGGAUCGACAUCGAGCUCAGAUGA